AAUUCCUCACAUCUGCCGGAACGCCAAUAAAACAUUUUAACAUCAUAACUUCGAUUUGGCAGGAGAUUAAAACACGCGAUUCUUCACUCUCCGUUGUCAAAGUGCGCGCGCACAUUAACAAGAAUCCCGAUGAGCAUGAGAAAAACAACAACAUUGCAGAUCAAUUAGCAAAAUUAGCAGCACAAAAGGGAGAUGUAUGGCAGCCUGACAGAUUGAUUGUUCCUGGUGUGAGUGCGGUUCAGACUGUUCCUGUUGACUUGAAACAGUACCAACAAGAACUGUGGAGUUCUGAUGGAGAGCUGACACCGCACCUGCAGCAGGACCAACUAGUCAAGGUCACUGAAGGCAUGGUUUUGAGAGACGAUAAAUACAUUGUUCCAGAAGCCCUCCAGAAACCAGUGAUAAAGUUGUACCACGAGUAUGCACACGUAUCAGCUCCAAAAACACAACAGCUGAUACAAAAUAAUUUCUGGUGGCCACAAAUGGCAUCAGACAUUCAAAGGUGGUGUGACACAUGCAUCGUAUGUGCCACCAUCAACCAAGGUAAGCCUGGCCGUACAAAGCUGUGUAGACCAGAGCCACCCAAAGGACCUUGGGAGUCACUUCAAUUGGAUUUUAUAGGCCCACUACCCAGUGCCAAAGGGGGGUAUCGUUAUUGCCUUGUAAUAAUUGACAAAUUUUCCAAAUGGGUUGAAGCGAUUCCUACUCGCAAUAACAGUGCAAGCACAGUGGCACGUGUGGUAGCGAACCAAAUUCUCCCACUCUGGGGAGCACCAAUCCAAAUUGAAUCUGACCAGGGCACACACUUCACAGGUCAGGUGAUGAAAAACAUAUGCCAGAUGCUGAACAUCAAACAAAGAUUCCACGUUUCAUACAGACCACAGAGCUCGGGUAUUGUGGAACGUGUUAACCGCACCAUAAAAGAAAGCAUCUCAAAACAGGUUACACAGCACAAAAACCAAUGGAUUGAUGCCCUACCCACAGUCCUAACCAUACUGCGGGCAACUCCUUCAAAAGCCACAGGUAUCAGUCCAUUCGAACUCAUGACUGGAAGAGUCAUGAAGCUGCCCAUUGACCCAGAAAUUACCCCAGCAGACCUGGGGCCUCUCGUAAUUGCAACUCAACAAUCCGUGUUAAAGCAACUACGAGAGAGGCUGGAAGUGCUGCAUGCACACGCUGCUCUGAAACAGCAGCAGUCAGACCUAACAAAUGAUGCACAAUUCAACCCAAACUCUGAGGUGAAGUUCUCAGAGGGAGACAUGGUAAUGAUACGUGUUUUUGUGAAGCAAGGUGCGUUCACACCCAGAUGGCAUGGCCCGUAUGAAAUUAAGGCUGUAUGCAACAGCUGUGUGGCUACAACCAUAAAAGGGAAACUGCGAUGGUAUCACAUGUCUCAGUGCAAGUCAUUUAAAGGUACACAGAAUAAAUGAAUAACUGUCACUAACUUUUCUUCUUGCCUUCCAGGUCGACUGCAGCGAUCCCAUGGAGGCCGGAUGAAAGGAAAGUGUCCGGGCCCACGUGCAUCAGACUGGGCCAAAGGGUUUCACUCACACACAACCUGAAAUGUGGGAGGUGGGUGUGGAAGUAUUCCAAGGGGCCUUUCACACCAAAAAUCACAGUCGCACCCAAAGAGACAGCUACAUGGCCUCCCGGUAUAGUACCGGAUCCAAAUUGCACACCAAAAAUCUGCUGUAGUACAGGUAGCACCCACCCACCUACUGGAAACAUUUCAGGAUACACUAGAGCACCAAAAUUCAUGCAUAACCUCACUGCCUGGUAUCAGCUUAAAAUAGAUCCAGGUGACACAAUAGGCAGCAUGUACACUCUACAUGAAAACAACAAUAAUGGCACAGACCCAAAAUUAUGCUAUUAUGUUAAACAUUUGGAACCUGCAACAUAUAGGUGCACACAUACCGAAACACAUAAUGACACACAUAUAAGAUUCAAAGAGUUAAUGUACGAUCUCACAUCGUACACACCUAACGAGCCGAAGCCAAAAACUUUUGUGUGGACCAACCGAAAAGAAGGAACGUAUUGUGUCGGAGAAUGUACACAUAGCAUAGACAAUUUCACCAAUCCACACAACUGUUCUUGGACUGUUAAGUAUUGUUUUAAUUUGACCACCUGCGGGUACACUAAACCCAAAAUUUGUCCAGAAUUACACCCAAUUCCUCCUGGCGGACUGAUUAGAGGAAACAUUAACAAAACUUUGUUACAUGACGUAAAUUUGGUAAUGACACACGUAACUUACAACAUUUCCAACAUACUUUCUGCCUAUACAAAACAUUGUAAUAUUAAUGAUGAGUCAUAUGCAUGGCUACAGUCACGAAUCGAUGAUUUAAUUUCUGAUUACAAAGACAGACUUGCCGUCCAAAUUCCACCUUCUCGCUCAAAACGAGACCUGCUCAGCAGUAUAGCCGGCUUGUUUGGAUCAAUUAAUUCAGCAGCCAACACCUACAAAAUAACGAAACAAUCCCAAUUCUCCACAUGGUUGACAGACCAGAUGGCCACUGGUUUCCAACACCUCACCAAUAGCAAUGAUAACAUUAUCAAAGCGGUUCGUUCUGAGGCGCAGGCGCUUCUGACGAUCAGCCACACAUUGUUCAAUCAGACCCGUACCAUCGAACGUGACUUAGCCUGUAGAUCAUAUGCACAAGAUUUAUUCACUGCCACACGACAAGAAAUUUUAGAUCUUCGCCUUCACCAGACCCCUAGACAUGUUUUAAAUGAUUUAAUUGAAGUUUUAGAUUUGCAUAGAUGGUUCUCUUCAGAAAAGAUGAAAAAUGUCAAAUAUUCAGAACUGUUAUCCACAAUUAUGAUGUAUACUGGAAACGAAUGUAUUGGUUGCAUUGGAUUUUUUGCCACUUUUCCUUUAAUACACCCAGAUCAAGUUUAUCCAAAUUCCACUACUAUUCGCUCUAUUGGCAUGGUAGUUAAAGAUCAGGUAAUUAAAUGGGAUCACCUCACGGGAUAUAUGACUUUGAAGGGUACUGAGACCUUGUUUACCAGUCGCACUUGUUGUCAUGAAACUCACAAUUAUGUUGUCUGUACAUGUAACACAUUACAGCCUUUCUCCUCCAAUGAUAGCAAACUCAUAAAUGUUGAAUCGUUGCAUGGCCAUUCAAAUGCUGUUCAGGUGUCUCAUACACAGUGGUGCAUCAUCAGUGAGAUGAAUUCGUUCACAUAUGGAGGACUGACCUGUCCUGCUAAUCACUCCUUUUGUUUGGAAGUGACAGAGGACUUUUCUAUGGGCCAGAUCGACAUCCUCGGAAGGAUGCCAAAGGACGCAGAGGUCUCUCCAUGGUGGGACGACACCUUUUAUGAACACGGAACACAAGCUUUGGUCGACACGAUGGACUUGGUACAGGACAUCGUCCUCCAAACAGAGUACCACCUCUCUCAAGCGCAAGUGGAGACGAACUUGGCGCGAAAGACUGCACAGAUCCUGUCUAGCUCAUCUACUCGAUCGGCACAGACUGCAUACACCGGGUGGGACUGGGUACUUCGAGGUUGUGCGGUUGGAAGCGCACUCAUCUUCUCCUUCACGCUAUUCCAAUGUUGCUACUUCCGACACCUCAUCAGAUCAGUAAAAGCAUCCACCAACACCAUCUUAAUCUCAGCCCCUUGA